AUGUAUAAAGUCUAUCGACAAUUAAAAAUUACUAUCAUCAUUAUAUUAAUCGUAAUACUUUUCUUUGGCAUCUUCUACGACCAGUUAGUGAGUGUUCGACGACGGACAUUCCUAGUCACCAUUGUGGAUUAUCGUUGGAAUGCACUGGCAAAUGUUUCUGUUCAACUCAAUACGGCAGACGAUUAUCACGCAGAGUCUUAUACUAAUAAAUAUGGACAAACGAUGUUUUAUAUAAACACGAAUAUUCGUAAUAACGAUUCUAUUCAAAUAGCAGUGGCUGAUAUUAGCGAAAAUGUACUACCGGUAGACAAAGAAAUUGUUAUACGGCUUGAUACAAUCAAUAGAGACACUGACGAAACGUAUGGCCAAGAGCUAGUCGAUCAACUCGAACCGUCGUAG